AUGGCCAACCAAAUCUCUCUUCACUAUUGUUUGUAUCUAGUAAUAAGUUGGAUUGUCAAGUUUCCACAAGAAACUAGCAGCCAGAGCCCUGAGUUAUCCAACGGUGGCCUUACAGGCUUGACAGCAGUGGCUCACUCUGUUUUAAACGCUUCUUUGCUAGUCAAAGAAAACUUUACUCGUCCAAUCACGUUCAAAAUGUGCCUCAAAUUGUUUACUAACCUUUUGCCUGUAACAACAAAUGAAGAAAAAUGGAAGAAUUCAUUAAAGAUUAAUUCCCUCCUAAUGUUGAGUGGUGUGGGACUGGAAACUCUGGAGCUUUUCCCUAAAGACUUAAACCGAGUCCACUUGGCAAAAUUGUUGAAUAAGAUGCCCCUCAACGUCAACUGGGUCAGUGCUCUGGCCUACACGCUUAUAUUGAGUGGCAAAGGGCAACUUAAUCAACUUCCGAAUCAAAUAGCUGUACUGGUAGACCAAUUUAUGUCAACCAAGAAGAAGACUUGGAAAUUGAAUCAACUAAAGUAUGUCAACUUUUCGAAUUCCCUGUCUUGUUCUCUUCCAUAUUGUUUGCUUUCUUUACUUCCAUUGAAGAUCUCAUGUUCAGCAAGAACACAAGCGGAAGCACUCGUCCUAUGGAAGAAAAGCUUGUCUUUUUCGCCACCUUCUCUCAAUUCUUGGUCCCUUUCCAAUCUCAACAACCUCUGCAACUGGACUUCCAUUACCUGCGAUGGCACUGGAACAGUGUCUGGAAUCAGCCUUUCCAAUGCAAACAUCUCUGGUUUCAUUGCUCAAUUCAAUUUCACUCCAUUUGCCAAUCUCAAGCGCUUUGACCUCUCGAAUAACGGUAUGGGAGGGCAAAUACUGUCUGAAAUUGGUUCUCUGUCCAAACUCCUUGUCUUGGACUUGAGCAACAAUUCUUUUGGAGGAACCAUACCAUCGGAGAUAGGUCGUCUAACGGAGCUUCAAUAUCUGAGUCCGUUCAACAACAAUCUCAAUGGUACCAUUCCUCCUCAAGUUAGCAAUCUCCAAGAAGCAAGGUACCACGACCUUGGAUUCAACUACUUUGUUUCUUCUGACUGGUCCGAUUUCUUGGCCAUGCCUUUGUUGACACACCUCAGCUUAGCUUACAAUGAACUUGAAUUGGAAUUCCCUCAAUUUAAACUCAACUGCCAUAAUCUUACUUCCCUGGAUUUGUCACUGAAUAGGUUGAUUGGUCCAAUACCUGAAUCAUUGUACACCAAUUUGAGCAGGCUUGAGUAUCUCAAUCUCACUAGUAAUUCCUUUGAAGGACCAUUAUCAUCAAACAUUCCCAAGCUGUCCAAACUCAUAGGUCUUCGACUAGGAACCAAUCUGUUAAAUGGUUCAAUUCCUGAUAGUAUAGGAACCAUGUUUGAUCUUGAAACUAUUGAAAUGUUUGAAAAUUUGUUUGAAGGGAAGAUUCCAUCUUCUUUAGGGAAACUAAGAAAGCUCAGGAAAUUUGAUCUCCACUCAAAUGGCUUAAAUUCUGCUAUCCCAUCCGAGCUUGGUUCCUGUACUAACCUCACCUUUUUGGCCUUAUCUGGGAAUCAACUGAAUGGAAAGUUGCCUAUGUCAUUGUCGCAACUCACAAAAAUAACUGAAUUGAGUUUUUCUGAAAAUUCUCUCGUGGGCGAGAUCCCACCAUCUCUCAUUUCUAAUUGGACCAACUUGAUCCAUUUGCAACUUCAAAACAAUUUAUUCACGGGGUCUAUACCACAAGAAAUAGGCCUAUUGUCAAAGCUCCUCAUCCUCUUUCUCUAUAAAAAUAAACUCUCCGGCUCAAUUCCUUCAGAGAUUGGAAACUUGAAUUCCAUGACAAUUUUGGACCUUUCUGAAAAUCAGCUUACGGGUCCAAUUCCUCCAACUAUAUGGAGUCUUUCAAACCUUGAAGGUUUACAGCUUUUCGAUAAUUAUCUUAACGGCACAAUUCCACCAGAGGUUGGAAAUAUGACAUCCUUGCAGUCUCUUGAUGUCAACACAAACCUCUUGCAUGGGGAAUUACCGGACACAAUUUCUAACCUCACCAACCUAUUAGCAUUCUCCUUGUUCACCAAUAAUUUCUCGGGUAGCAUUCCUCGGGAUUUUGGGAAGAAUAGUCCUCAGUUGUAUUAUGUGUGCUUUUCCACUAACAGCUUCUCUGGAGAAUUGCCGCCUGAAUUGUGCAGUGGUUUUGCUCUUAUGGUUUUCACAGUAAAUGGAAACAACUUCACAGGGUCAUUGCCAGCUUGCUUGAGGAACUGUACAGGGCUACGAAGAGUCCGGUUUGAUGGGAAUUUGUUUACGGGUAACAUCCUGAAUGCGUUUGCAAUUAAUGCUAAUCUAUACUUUGUUGAUCUGAGUGACAAUCUAUUUACUGGGCAAAUUCCUGCUAUCUGGGUAUUUUAAGCGCGCUCGACGACACUCAAUUUGAAGCGGAAUUAUCUUACAGGUGACAUCCCUAAGAGUGUGGGCAAUUUACUAAAUUUAUACCGCCUCGAUUUGUCAGAGAACAAAUUGAUAGGAACAAUACCGAAAGUGCUUGGUAAUUUAACAACGCUGAUCGUACUCGAUUUGAGGCGGAAUUAUCUCACAGUGACAUCCUCAGAGUGUGGGCAAUUUACUGAAUUACAGUACCUCGAUUUGUCAGAGAACCAAAUGUGAUAGGAACAAUACCGCAAGAAGCUUGGCAAUUGUGGCAACUUAAUGGGCAUGAAUUUGAGCCACAACAAAUUAUCUGGCGAAAUACCAUCUGAGUUGGGUAGUUUAUUUCUUAUGUUUUUGUUUUUGGAUCUUAGCUGCAAUUCACUAUCAGGAGAUAUACCUCGAGACCUAAAUAGGCUUAUGUUAUUGGAGAAUCUCAACGUUUCACAUAACCAUCUUUCAGGUGGAUUCCCUACUUCAUUUUCCAAGAUGAUUAAUCUUCGUUCUUUCGAUUUCUCCUACAAUGACUUGGCUGGCCCCGUUCCAAGUGAUGGUGUGUUCGUAAAUGCUUCAGGAAGAGCUUUUGUGGGAAACUCAGAUUUGUGUGGAGAUUUUGAAGAACUAACUCGUUGCAAAACAACUCCCAGUGGGUCCAGAAAUUACAACAGUAGGGCUCUUAUUGGCAUCAGUGUUUCUGUCGCAGGCCUAUUGUUUGUGGCACUAAGCGUCGUUGGAGUUCUCAUAUGUUAUCAGCGAAGCCGAUUGCUCAACGAGGAAACUGCAGCUCGUAGGAGGUGUGUCAGUUCUGUUUCAAUUGUAUGGGAAAGAAAUGUAACAUUUACGUUCAAUGAUGUUGUAAAAGCAACAGAGAACUUCGAUGACAAGCACUGCAUCGGAAAAGGAGGCUCUGGAUAUGUUUAUAAAGCAUUGUUGCCCACAGGUCAGGUAGUUGCGGUUAAAAAACUCAACAUGUCAGACUCCGAGGACAUUCAAGUCAUCAAUCAGAUUUUUGAGAACGAGAUUCGCAUGAUGAUAAAAGUUAGGCAUCGAAGCAUCGUCAAGUUAUACGGGUUCUAUUCUAGUAAGGAGCUUAUGUACCUGGUCUACGAAUAUGUGGAGAAGGGUAGUUUGAGAAGCGUGUUAUACGAGGGUGAGGAGGCAGUGGGCUGGCCUAAAAGGUUGAAAAUUGUGCAGGGACUGGCUCAUGCAAUUGCUUACUUGCACCAUGACUGUUCUACACCAAUUAUACACCGUGACAUAUCUUUGAAUAACAUUUUGCUCAAGUCAGAUUUUGAGCCAAAACUCUCAGAUUUUGGCGUUGCCAGGUUGUUGAACCCAAAUUCAUCCAACUGGACCUCAGUUGUUGGGUCUUAUGGCUACAUUGCGCCAGAGCUUGCACUCUCAAUGCGAAUCACAGAAAAAUGUGACAUUUACAGCUUUGGCGUGGUAGCAUUAGAGCUUAUGCUGGGAAAGCACCCAGGGGAGCUUUUGAGUUCAUUGUCAACACCGUUGUCACCAAACAACAAAAAGUUGUUUCUAAUGGAUGUGCUAGAUCAACGACUUCCACCUCCGACAGGACAAAUUGCAAUGGAUGUUGUUUUUGUAGUGGCUGUGGGCUUAGCUUGUGCUCGUGUCACACCAGAGUCACGACCUCCCAUGCAUUUUGUGGCGCAAGAAAUGUCGGCAGGAACCCAGGCUUGCCUGGAUGAACAAUUGGAAACGAUAACCAUUAGCAUGCUGGCUGGCCUAAAGAGUAUAAAGGUACGGAACAAACCAGCAAGUUUCAAUUUGGAGGAGGCAGGGUGCCAAUCGAUUCCAGGUGCCAUGGGGAGUUAGGAGGCUUCUAUUAUAUAUGCCACUUAAGAAGUUGCACUAGUGUGUUUAUUUGUGUGUUUUAGAGGGUUGGUGGCCAGUAAAUGAGAAUGUUAGGAUUUGGAUUGAGCUCCAAAAGUCAUAUAGCUGGAAGAG